AUGAAUGCGAGGAAUCAUCCUAUUGUGGAGAUCCCGUCGUUGCUAUCGCAGAAACAGCAGGACGAGCUUGUAUACACUCCGCAGUAUCGUCAACGUUGGGGUCAGCAACAAAUUAAUGAUAGAAUACCCCAUUUAAAGACUGAAGACAUCGACAAAUUCCUUGCUAAAUUUGCAUGGCUAAAGGAGACAGAAUUGGCUCUUCAAUGCCUUUUUGAUGGAAAUUUCAACGUUUCAGAAGCUGUGAAGCUGCUACAUGGAGAACGUCGAGUACAUUAUAAAGCGCGACACUACGUUGAUAAAUUAUUAACGUCAGAAGUAUUUAAAAAGGCAAUCACGACACAUGGAAAAAGAUUUUACCGUAUUCAGCAAGCUCUUGAAAAGAAAGUUAGUACUCGGCAAGUAGUAAGUAAGUACUAUUUGUGGAAGCGCUCAGAGGAUUUUAAAGAGUGGCAGAAGCUUCGAAAAGCAAGAAAGUUAAGGAGGACAACAAAAGUUGUCAAACAGCUAAGUUGUUGGGCCAAUGAUUUGAAUCUUGAAAGAAAUGACUAUCAUCAUCAACUCUGUGAAUUGUGUGCAACUGGAGGUGAUCUAGUCUCUUGCAAUGGAUGUCCUCGUGCGUAUCAUUUCAGCUGUGCUCAACCACGAAUCAUGAAAGUAAGCAAUGACGAUCAAUGGUUUUGUACUUAUUGCCGAAAAGUAUUUGGUGGGCCUAAACCAAAAGUGGUGGCGAGUGAAGAGAACAAGCAUUGUAUGAUUUACUAUCGAGGACCUACUUUUCCACGCUCGCUGAUUGACAUGAUAACCGAUGCUGGUAGUGAUGAUGACGAGGAUGAGCCUGAAAAUUACUUGAGUGAAAAAAUUGAAGACAUGUCGAGGUCAGAGUCAAAUAGUGAAAUGGAAAGUGAUGAUAAUGAAUUAGCCAAACCAGACAGUGGUUUGGAGACAGUAUUUAACGUUGAACGAAAAGGAGAUAGCGAAUCAGAGCCAAAAAACAGUCUAGCCGCAUCUCCGCUCGUUAGCGAACCGAAAAUUUCUGGGGAAAGUGUUCUGACUACGUCCAGUAGCGUUGAGCUGGUAAUGCCUUUGUCCAAAUCCUCUGUUCAGAAUAAAGUGGUUGUUCACCAACCUGUGUUAGGCAGAAAGCGACUUCGCAAGACACUCACUCCUCGUCGAAUCGCUCCGUCCUUAUAA